AACWUUUAAAAACAAUUAAUUAAUAAUUACUAGUAUUUAUAAAUGACUUCUAAUAAGUCAAUAAUAUUGACAACWGUUGUAUUGUUUGGCAUAACUGCCGGUACUUUACUAUAUGUUUUCAAACUACGUGGCCAUCGACGACGUCGACAACAACAACAACGUGUGGCCAGAGUUAGCAAAUUGAUUAUAUAUCCAAUUAAAUCGUUGCCCGGCAUUGAAGUAUCUGAGCUSAAAAUCACCCGUACGGGUGUCGAAUGGGGUCCACUCCGRGACAGGUCGUGGGUAUUGGUCAACAAAAAGGGUACAGUAGUUACCCUACGACAGGAACCGACACUGGCUUUGUUAAGACUGUCGAUGACGAUGAUGAUCGACAAUGGCGACAACGACGCUAUGGAUUUACCGGUGGCRGCCGSCGGCGGUAAUAGYGAACCAACAACAACAACAACAAAAAGUCCCGAAACAAUUACAGUCUUUCAGCCGACCGAUGGCUGGGAUUGUGGUCCCGAAGUGGCCAAAUGGUUCAAUCGMUAUCUAAACAAACCAUCGGAUUAUUACCGACUAAUGCAACACUCGAUAGCCGAYUGUCGUCUCAGAGACGGUUCGGUUAUCGUCGAUAACAAUAGAGUUGUCGAAUCAAAUGAUUAUCCGAUAAUCUACCAUGAUGAAGCACCUAUACUGGUUAUUACACAACAAUCUAUUGAUAAAUUAAAUGCUAAACUUGMRGAAAAUAAUGAUUUASYACUAGAGUCGCCAACAAGUGUUGUUGUUGUUAGCUAUAAAAAUUUUAGGCCAAACAUUUUGCUGGAUAAUUGUCARUCAGCUCAUGUAGAGGACAGUUGGUCACUCAUUGAUAUUAAUGGCUGUCGAUUAGUUGGUUUAUUACAAUGUAAACGAUGUACUAUAACUACUAUUAAUCAGACGGCUGUCCCGUUAGCUAAAUUCAAGGGUAACGAACCGUUGACUACAAUGAAAUCCUAUCGAUUGAUGGCCGACCAACAGUUACGGGACAACUAUUACGGUAAGACACCGAUGUUUGGCAUGUAUUUCGGUAUCAAAAGUGUCGGUCAAAUUGCUUUAUGCGAUUGGGUUGAGUCGGUCUAUUAAACAUAGUUUUUUUAAAUAAAUAUUUAAA